AGAGGUUGUCGGAAAAAGACCACGAGUCACAUGACACUUCAGAUGGUUCUGCUGAGACUGUGGUGACAGAUCAGGACAAUGGCAGUUUUGCGAGGCCUGAGAGUUUCGGUGGGAUUAGUGGGAUCAGCGUCAGUCGCCCACUGACUGGGCACAGAGCGGAGCCCACUGUCACCUCUGCACGUACGGACACCCAAACUGGACAGCCAAUCGGGCCUCUGUGUCAACAGGAGCACCGCCCCAACACCAAGGAGAAGCAGGUGGGUGGAGACUGGAGAAGUCGGACGGUCACUGGAGCUGCACGGGGGUCAAACCCAGUCCAAACCCAGAGUCGUGCAGAGAUCAGACAAGUUCAACAAAAACAGCAGGAGUCCAGAGGUAACGCUGUGGUCGUCAGUCGGACUACGGCCAUGGAGGAGCCAGGAAUAGGACUGAAAUCUGAAACCAGCAGCAGGUUUGGUGCUGAAACCAAAACUAAAGACCCGUGCGUUCACGUGACUCAGGACGACUUUGUCGUUCUGGAGAAGGAUCAGCCUUGGACGUCCUCUGAUGGAGAAAAUGAGUCUGACAACAGGAGAAGAACAGAGAAUCUACGUUCACUGACGGAGAGAAGAAUCAAAGAAGAUGCGUCUGCUGCCUGUGAUGAUGAAAACCUCCAAACAACUUUCAGGAAGGAGCCUCAGGACAAUGCACCGUGGAGACAACGCAGACGAACGGCGACUACAGGUUCAGCGAUGAAUGACGGCGUGGGGGCACGUGCUGGGGGUUCACCCACUGCCUGUUCACAGAGUGAAAGAGUUCGACAUUUGGCUGAAGUGACAGCAGGCAGCAGGUGUCAGCUAAAAGCAGCCGUUCACACCAAGACAACUGGGAGAGGAGAGCCAGACGGGGAGAGAACCGUGAACGGCCGCAGCAUGGAGGAGGUUUCCUCUCAGCAGGGAAAAUCAAACGUUGAUCUGGAAAAUCGACUUUACCACGAAGUUUCCUCUGAUCCACAGACACGGGAGGGGCUGGAAAUCCUCGGCCAAAAACCACAGGUGGAUCCGUUGUGUCUGAACAGAUUCGCUGGCGCCGUGUCGAAGAGAGCCAAAGCAGGAAUUAAUUCAAGCAUCAAAAGAGAGUCCGAACAAGAGGCAGAGUCGCAGAGCACGUGUGACAGAACCGAAGUGCCAGACAACUCACUGUCUGUGAGUGAAAGCUGUGAUGAAAAUAUUCAGACGGUGGGUUUAAAUAACCCGAGCGACUCUGUGGUCAAACCACAACCUUCAGCUCAGCUGAUGCCAGAGGAAGACACGGCGACAGAUUCAGAGUCUGUGCCACGAGAACAGGCCAGAGUUAAAGGACCGCCUCCACCUGUUCCCAAAAAACCUAAAAACCCACUCAUCAAGCUCCGAACUGCUAAGCUACAGUCUACAGAAGUCCAUCGAAGGAGCAGAGAGCAGCAGCGUUCUGAGGAGAAGGCAAAGAGGAGACACACUUUCCAUUUCAACAAGGAUUUUCCAUGGAACGCCUCCACCAACCAGGAUAUGUGCACGCUGUGGGACGAGCGCGGGCCGUGCAUCGCUCCAGCCGACGUACGACGCCUCUCGGGCGACAUCAAUCGGCGUCUGUCCCUCCAGCGCAUGGACGACAAGUUUGCAACAAUGAUCGAUUAUGACUACUGUGAACGAAUGGCACAACUGUCUCCAGAUAAAGAGUUUGAAAAUCUGGACAUGUUGCAGAGGAGGAUAUUCUUCGAGAGACGGUGUCGUGGUCAGAACUUGACUCCAGCUGUCACAAAAAACCCACAAACUCCAGACACAUCCACAGAAACUCCGUCAGAUGUAAAAACCCAACGGCCAAAGCCGACAGCGUUGGAGAAAAGAGACGCAAAUUCUGAGUCCUUGGCAGAGAAGGUCUGUAGGAACGCCCGCGCCGACGUCACUCAACGCAGUUCCGACAAAGACCCAGGCUUCAGCGAUGACAUGGACUCCUACAAACCUGUGGCAGAAAUCGUAAGGAAAACCAAUCAAACACAGAAACCCCAGGGUCGAGCCAAACCUGAAGGAGUCGGGACUGAGGUACGAGGGCCAGAGCAGGGGUCAAGUGUGAAAGUGUCACAGAUGAAGAACACGUUUGAUGUCCAGAAGAAGUCCAAGGAGAGACCACCAGCAGUUCAGCCACCCCCCAAGAAAGAUAUGCUGCGGCGAGUUGUGCGACAGAGCAAGUUCCGUCACGUCUUCGGCCAGGCCGUGAGGAACGACCAGUGCUACGAUGACAUACGCGUCUCCCGGGUCACAUGGGACAGCUCCUUCUGCGCUGUCAACCCCAAGUUUGUUGCCAUCAUCAUAGAGGCCAGCGGGGGAGGAGCGUUCCUCGUCCUGCCUCUACAGAAGACCGGCCGUAUAGACAAGGUCUACCCCACGGUGUGUGGUCACACGGGCCCGGUGCUGGACGUGGAAUGGUGUCCUCACAAUGACCUGGUCAUCGCGAGUGGCUCUGAGGACUGUACGGUCAUGGUUUGGCAGAUCCCCGAGAACGGACUCGAGUCUCCUCUGUCGGAGCCUGUGGUCGUGUUGGAGGGUCACUCCAAGAGGGUCGGCAUUGUUUCAUGGCAUCCAACUGCCCGCAAUGUUCUCCUCAGCGCAGGGUGUGACAACCAGGUCAUCAUCUGGAAUGUGGGCACAGGAGAGGCCAUAAUCAAUCUGGAGGACAUGCACCCUGAUGUUAUCUUUAGUGUCAGCUGGAGCCGCAACGGCAGCCUGCUGUGCACCGCCUGCAAGGACAAGAAGGUCCGCGUCAUCGACCCUCGCAAGAAAAAGAUUGUGGCGGAGAAGGACAAAGCCCACGAGGGAGCUCGGCCAAUGAGAGCGAUCUUUUUAGUAGACGGAAACAUCUUCACCACUGGAUUCAGCCGCAUGAGUGAGCGCCAGCUGGCUCUGUGGAAGAGUGACAACAUGGACGAGCCCAUCUGUGUUCAGGAGAUGGACUCCAGCAACGGAGUCCUGCUGCCCUUCUACGACCCCGACACCAGCAUAGUCUACCUGUGUGGGAAGGGCGACAGCAGCAUCCGAUACUUUGAGAUCACAGACGAGGCGCCGUACGUUCACUACCUCAACACCUUCUCCACAAAGGAGCCCCAGAGGGGCAUGGGAUACAUGCCCAAGAGGGGGCUGGAUGUCAACAAAUGUGAGAUUGCAAGGUUUUACAAAUUACACGAGAGAAAAUGUGAACCAAUCAUCAUGACAGUUCCACGUAAGUCGGACCUGUUCCAGGACGACCUGUACCCAGACACUGCCGGUCCUGACCCCGCACUGGAGGCAGAGGAGUGGUUCGCCGGUAAGAACGGCCGCCAGAUUCUCAUCUCACUAAAAGACGGCUACGUCUCCACGAAGAACCGAGAUCUGAAAGUGGUCAAGUCCAACGUCCUGGAGACCAAGCUGGCUCCGAAGGCAGAGAACGCUCCGACCAUCCAGAAGCACGUUACUCCGCAGCCCUCAGCAAAAAUGGAAGAUAAACUGGAAGAGGUGCUGCGAGAGUUCAAGUCACUCAGGGACCGCGUCAUCCUUCAAGAUCGUCGAAUCGCCAGACUGGAAGAGCAAGUGGCCAAGGUCGCUCUGUAAGACGUGGCCCACUUCCCCUCCGAGAGCCGUUCGUCAUUCCUGGAAGAAACGACUGGAUGGCGUUCAGCCGCGGCCAACUUCUCAAAGAUUCGGCCUAAUUUGUUUGGCUAGGUGUCAUGUCUGUGACGCGUCCAAGCUGACAUUCCAAGAAAAAGAGAAAAAAAACAACUUUUAAAUUUGUCUCCGUUAAGCCCUCUGGUUUCAUACUUUGCCCAAAUACACACAAAGAAAAACGAAAAGAAAUCAAAAGGAACUGUUGCAGCUCAUGUUCCCAACGGAAGAAAAUAUGUUUUUGUUGAAGGAAAAGUCUUAAUUUUUUUUCUUUCUUUCUUUUGAGUUUUGUUUUUAAAUUGUGGUAAAACAUUCUUUUGUGAAGUUUGUACUUACUACGACUACAACUGUAUGUAGCAUCAGUAUUUCCAUUGCUCUUCUUUGUUGUUGCCAAAUAUGGAUUGUGUGCUGUUUCAUGCACUGCUUUUACAUUUAUAUUCUUUUUAUUUCUCCUGUUGUACAUUCCAGUCACAACCAGGUAGAAUGAUUUAGUCGAGCUGGAUUUUAUUUCUUCAUCCUUUUCUUUUUUUUUUUUUUAAACAACAGCUGUUGAACCUUUUCCUUCCACCAGUUCAUUGAAAACCAUCAGAUUUAUGAAUGUGGAAGAAUUCCUUCUGAAUUCAUUCGUUUCCUGUUCUUCUGACACUAGAAAUAAAACAUUGGGGGUUUUAAAGAGGGGGUAGGGUGGGUGGGCGGGUGGGGGUAUUUGCAUCUCUUUCUCUCUUUCUCUCUGGUGUAAAUGUAGUGCAAACAUAGUGGUGCCUCUUUGACACUGUCCAGGGUCGAGGCACUAAAGUUCGCCCCUCUCUCCACUGCGUAUAUGGUGGUAGGAAAGGACCACUCUGCCAACUUGUGUUUCAUUGAACCCAUGAUGAACAGUUCUGUGCACAUAAUAAAAAAAUUUUACACAUGAAAA